UUUUGCUAUUCAGUUUAAAAGAGACACGCAACGAAAGCAGUUCAGAAAAAUUCCCAGAACAAAUUCUUUUUCUGCGCUCAGUCUCAUCCCCAGUCAGCGCCAUAGUCAAUUGGCUACUUUAGUGUGUGUGGUGGAGGAGCGUUUUGUGUGUGUAUAACUUGUGAUUGUCUGGAUUAACAAAUAUACUGCGCGUAUUGCGUCACUCUUUACAUAGUUGAGCGAUACUAAGGAAAUUGUAUGCAGAGGGCAAUCAACACUCGUACAAUGAGUCAUAAUUGCAAAGGGUUCUGGGUGGCUGCGAUCUUAACAUGGUCAGCUUUGAUGUCUAAUUUUGUGUUUGGAACUACAGAGGGGCAGGAGACGCCACUAGCUCUGCCCGUGGCCGAGCUGACUCAACCCACAACAGCUAUACAGGGGGAGGUUUGGGAAGAGGAUGAUCACGAGGUCUUAAUACGCAACGAACGCGGGACAAAGAGCGAUGGCCUCUCAUGUCGUUAUGGCAAAAACCCAUGGACUGAAUGUGAUACUAAAACUAAUACUCGUUCUCGAACUUUGACAUUGAAAAAGGGCGACCCAGCUUGCGAUCAAACUCGCACUAUUCAAAAAAAGUGCAAGAAGGCGUGUCGUUAUGAGAAGGGCUCUUGGUCUGAAUGCACUACUGGACAGAUGACCAGAGCUGAUAAGUUAAAGGUCACUAGCGAUCCUUCAUGCGAAGCAACACGUUUGAUUAAGAAGAACUGUAAGCCCGGCAAGUCCAAGGAUAAGACUGCCAAGGAGCAGCGCAAAAAUAAGGAUAAAGCUGCUCGCAAAGGACGUGUUUAAGUAAUCUGGUAGCAAAGACUAAUUUUUUUUAAAGUCAGAUGUUAGAUUUUUCCCUGCAGCUCGUUUUUCAAAAUAUAAGAAUACUAAAUAAAAUCGUAAAAAAUAAACCCACUUAAUGGAUAACCGUAAAAAUUAUAUUUGAACACAUUUAAAAAAUUGUAGAUUUCAUUUAAACAAUUUAUAUAAAAUAACGGAAUAAACUAAAAUCUACACUAAAGAAAAAGUUUGCAAGAAUUUGCGAUUGAUAUUUGCAACCAUGGCAGUUCAGUUUAUUCAAGUUUCUCCAAAUGAAAAAAAAAAAAAAAAACAAUACGACUGAUCCGGCAGAUAGGAAUUUUUAUAGCCCGGAAGAUUGUCCGACAAUUCAUAUAAAGCAUUAGCCGAGUUAUUCUUAAAAUAACUUUACACCUACAUUAAUAUAAACCUUCCCAUAUUUAAACAAAAGUUAUUCAAACAUAAUUGAUGUAAAACGUUCGUCUGAAAAUAUCAGCUUCUGUAUUUGAUCUCAAUAAAAGAGAACAGAAAAAACA